UCAAUCAAUGGCCCUUCAAGAAGCAAUAGCAGCUGAUGAUAUUAAUCAGCUUUACAGAUUAAUUGAGGGGGACAUAUAUCUCUUAGAUCAAGGAUCCGAGGGCCCCUUCCCAAAUACUCCACUGCACGAUGCGGCAGACCAGGGGAAAACUAAAGUGGCAAUGGAGAUAGCCACCUUGAAACCAUCGUACGCUGAAAAGCUGAAUCACGGGGGUUAUAGUCCCAUGCACUUGGCUUUGCAAAAUAAGCAUUAUCAUCUUGUGAGGGCAUUGAUGACCCUCGAUCCCGAGUUGAUUCGAGUCCGAGGACGAGGUGGGAUCACCCCUUUGCAUUUUGUAGCUGGGAAAAUAGGAGACGAUGAGCAAGAGAACAAGGAGCUCCUAGAUCUCUUGGCAGAAUUCCUAUUUGCUUGCGAAUCAUCUAUCAAAGACUUGACGAACCAAUGCGAGACUGCAGUUCACAUUGCCGUUAGGAUAGGCAACACGGAAGCAUUCAAGGUUUUAUUUGGAUGGCUUAAGCGAGUUCAUCUGAUGCGAAUCUUGGACUGCAAAGAUCAAUAUGGUGAUACCGUCCUACAUAUUGCUACAUCAGAAAAGCAGCCUGAGAUCAUCAAGCUCUUGAUUGGAUAUAUGACCGUAAAUGUAAAGAACUUUCAAGGUAACACAGCUCUGGAAAUCUUCCAAGCAAAUCCCAGCGGUGAUCCAGAUGUUGUGGAGAGGUUUCACCAAAUAGGACAUCAAGAAAGACGUUUUACUACUAUAAUUUCUCUAUCAACGUUUUAUAGCACAGAACUAACCUUGCUUGAGAAGUACAGAAAUUGGAUUGGCAGGCGAGAUAAUUCCAGUCGCGAAGCAGUGCUUAUAGUGUCAACCUUAGUUGCAGCUGCAACUUACCAAGCUGCGCUUGCUCCUCCGAAGGGAUAUUGGCAAGACUCCUCUCCAGAUCCCCAAGCCAAUUCCACUAUUGUUACCGCCAAUUCCAGCAGCAUUGCUCUUGGAAAACCACAUCAAGCCGGAGAUCUUAUCCUAAGCGGUGAUGAACUAUCUUGCUACACGAUAAUGAAUAGCAUGGCUUUUUUCGCCUCGAUUGCCGUAAUCGGGGCCUGCGCUUUAACACUGAAGGACCGCCGUCUCGCCAGUGCCGCUGUUUUGCCUAUCGUGUUUCUCUGCUUUUCUUACUUGGUUACGUUUACACUCCAAAUUCCCAAAACCAAUAAGGCGGCAGUAUCUUAUCUAGCAACAGCUUUCCUUCUCUUUUGGCUCGGCUGGCUUAGUCUCUUCAUAUACGCGACGAGAAAGCUCAAAAUAGUUCUGCGACGAAUCGACGCGACGUGGAGACAAGUCAAGGAUUGAAGGGUUUUUAUUUCACA